GGCAACGCAAGUUUAUUACUAAUCCACUGCCAUAAACUGAAGCUCCAAGGCCAACUCCGAGGACUUUCAUUAAUCGUAUCUUGGGUUGGUCCAAUUCAUGUUUAUUUUAUCUCACCCUGUCCGCGGACAAUCAAAUUCGGCAUGCCGUUCUCUCGCCAAAAGUCUUGCACUCAUUGCAAGCAGUCAAAGUUGCGGUGUAACCGGGCCACUCCGACUUGUUCACGCUGUGCUGAGCGGAACCUGCUAUGCGAUAUACGCGAAAUCCAUGUAUCGCCAUAUUCGUCUUCGCGCCGUUCAAAAGGUCUUCGACAAGAAACUGUGGACACUGAAGCUUUUGAGUAUCAGCACAGUGACUUUGGAUUCCCAUCGGUCAACUAUGAUGAAGUCUCAACUAGUGCGGCUAUAACCCUCGAUGAUGAGAAUGUUGCCUCCCACUGGAUGGCCAUCGACAGCUUGGAAACCCUGGACCCCAAAGGUCUUGACUCUGGAAUUGAUAACUUUGGUCUUGAAGCUUUUGAGGCCCAGUUUGGCCCGCAAGUUAUGUCCGAGUCAGGACACUCAGGAGAGAAUGAUAUCCAGACGUGGACAUCUGCCCGCUUAGCUGACCCUGGCAAUUCUGAUCCAAUUUCAUGUUGGGAUACUCCAUCUCUCUUAGAUGAAUCUAAUUUGGAGACUACCAUCACCUCAUGCGAAGACAUACCGUCCACCCUGGCUGUACGGACUCCCUCCAACACAGAGUCACUACGCAGCCGCCCAAUCCUUAAAGGCUGCAUGCUGACCAACAUCAUCCUGGGACAAAUCACCGGCUAUCCAAAGAUGCUUGUCCUAGGAGACCGCCUUCCUCCAUUUAUACAUGCGCCUUGCUAUACAGAUGAGAGGCUUGCUCCGGAGUGCGGCGAGAUGGGCAAGCACCAAUGCCUGCCAAAGAGUCUCGCCAUUUGUGCCAGUCUGGUGGAUAUGUUCUAUUCGCGGACAGAAGCCAAUGCUGAUUUCGUCUGGCAAACGAUCUACUCUGAGGGAAAGAGAUUGCGUCAAGAGUAUAAAACCUUGGACUCAUACGGUCAACUUACUGCCUUACAAGCGGUUAUCAUAUAUAUCCUUCUCCAAGCUCAAGACUCUGAGACAGCAGAAAGAAAUGGCGCCAAUGCUCUACUCCUUAUCAUGAUGGAACUCUUCACUUGCCUCACUGAAAGCAUUGACUGGGAUAUAUGUGUCUUCACAGAAACAUCGGACAAACAACAAUGGGUAUUAAGAGAGUCAUUGAGACGGAUAGUCGCCUUGCUCGGCCUCGUCGAGCUCCUAUUUGAAGGCCUGAUCCCGCCUCAUGCAACUCAAGCCAACCCCCCCUACAAAAACUUCCGGUCAACUCCUUUACCAAGCCAACGUGACCUGUGGGAAGCUCGCACCAACAGGUCCUGGAAGCGAGAACUCAAGCGCUACCUCUCAGGCCGGACGUCGCAAGAGGUGCUGACCGUUGGAGACCUGCUUGAGUUAGAUAGCGCAGGCUGUUUUAAGAAUACGUGGAAUAAUCAGCAGGCCUAUACUAAGUUACCGGAUGCGGUCAGUUGGUGCGGAAACUCUGAUUCGUUGGGUAUGUUGAUUUGGAUGGUACUUCCGUUUCAGAAAUGGAGAAAGAGAGAUGCACUCUGGUGA